CAUUCCUCUCACUCCCAUCAUCCCUCUCGCUCUGUUGCUUUCCCUUUACUGCUCUCCCAGGCCCCCCUCCCCCAGCCCUUCUCUGGUUUCAUGGAUUCUCUCCUUCACCCAUCAACUCGAAGGGGAAAGGAAUCACCAACCAUUUCACCAAACCAUCCCUUUCUCUCCGUCCGAACUCUCAUUUAUUGAAAGAAAAAGUGUUUUUUUUUUCCUUCCAUCUGUCCAUCUUGGUGCUGAACUACUGCUUUCUUGUCUCUCUUUCCUUUGGGUUUUCCCUUCCAUUGUUUUCUUUGGUGUUUCAUCGAUUAGUUUCCUUGGAGACCCACACGGCCGCAUCAGGGCAUUUCUCUGCUUUGAAACCACUCUAACUGGGUUUCCUUGGUUGGGGUCCUGUGUUUUGUCGGGGUUGUUUUAUUUGAGGCUCCAUGCUUUAAGGCUCUGUCCGUGGGAAGGAACCCUUUGCUUGGUAGAGGAAAGAUCAUCAGGAUUAAAUCACCAAAAGAGAGGAGAAAAUGUCGACCAGUGAUUCUCUGAAUACUGAUUUGUUGAAGAAGACCCCAGUUUUUGGCUUGAGAGUGUGGGUCCUGAUAGGCCUUGGCGUAGGCUUAUUGAUAGUGCUGAUUCUCCUUAUCCUAUCCAUAUGGAUGACAUCUCAGAGGAAGACGCGGAGGACCUUUGAUAAGUUCCCUCUCUCACAAAUUCCUAAUGUCUCCAAGGAAAUCACAGUGGACAGAGUUGGUGGUCACAGUCUUGCCCAGAGUUUCCAUGAACGCGAAGGACCUAUAUAUUCCUUAUAUGACAAGUUUAGUGAUAAAGAUUCAGGGAAGAUAUUGGCACGUUCUAUGAGUAAAUCAAGCGAUGCUGAUAACAUGAGCCAGUGCAGCUCAGUUUACUAUAAUGACAGGGCUGGGAGUUCAUAUUCUGGGGAUGAAGGCAGCUCAGGACCCAAAAUGAAACAAUACUCUUCAUAUGGGCUCGUAUCAGCAUCUCCUUUAGUUGGCCUGCCUGAAUUCUCUCAUCUGGGAUGGGGUCACUGGUUCACUCUAAGGGAUCUUGAGUAUGCAACAAAUCGGUUUUCAAAGGAGAAUGUCAUUGGGGAGGGCGGAUAUGGAGUUGUUUAUAGGGGCCGCCUGAUAAAUGGGACUCAGGUUGCAGUCAAGAAGCUUCUCAACAAUCUGGGGCAAGCAGAGAGGGAAUUUAGAGUGGAAGUGGAAGCUAUUGGCCAUGUUCGACAUAAGAACCUGGUGCGACUUUUGGGAUAUUGUGUUGAAGGAACCCAUAGGAUGCUUGUUUAUGAGUAUGUAAACAAUGGAAACUUAGAGCAGUGGCUUCAUGGAGCUAUGCGUCAACAUGGUGUUCUUAGUUGGGAGAAUCGCAUGAAGGUUAUCCUAGGAACUACAAAGGCACUUGCAUAUCUGCAUGAAGCAAUUGAACCGAAAGUUGUGCAUCGAGACAUAAAAUCAAGCAAUAUUUUAAUUGAUGAUGAAUACAAUGGCAAGGUUUCUGAUUUUGGAUUGGCCAAGCUCUUGGGUUCAGGCAAGAGCCAUGUCACAACUAGAGUAAUGGGAACUUUUGGGUACGUGGCACCUGAGUAUGCAAAUACUGGAUUACUAAAUGAGAAGAGCGAUGUUUACAGUUUUGGAGUGCUUCUGUUGGAAGUUGUGACGGGCAGGGAUCCUGUGGAUUAUGGUCGGUCUGCAAAUGAGAUCAAUCUUGUGGAGUGGCUUAAAAUGAUGGUAGGAGAUAGGAGAGCUGAGGAAGUAGUGGAUCCCACCCUGGAGGUGAAACCAUCCACACGGGCUCUUAAACGAGCUCUUCUAGUUGCACUGAGAUGUGUUGAUCCCAAUGCGGAUAAAAGACCAAAGAUGGGCCAGGUUGUUCGAAUGCUCGAAGCAGACGAAGUCCCACACCGCGAGGAUCGGAGACACCGGAGGAGUCACAUUGGUAGCAUGGAGAUCGAACCUCUAAAGGAGAAUGCAAAUUCUUCUGAUAUGGAAAACGGUGGUGGAACAUCGGAGGGUCAGAUAGCAGGAAGGUCUCAAGCAUAAGGUUGACUGACAUGUUGCAGGAGAUCAGACAUCAGCAUUCUCUCUUUGCUAACGAGAUUGAAAAGCUUUCAUUGACUGCUAUCCAGAUGCCACUGGCUGCAAGGUGAUAUGUGGAGGUAGAAUGAGGAUUUGUAGUUUGGAGUUCUCGAGUCAUAAUGCUGUUUCUGCUACCAACAUCAAGAGAGACAGGAAGAGCAAACUCAUCCUGUGGGAGUUUCUGAAGCAACCGGUGAUUCCAGCUUUUGUUGUACAGAUACCUGUCUUCAAUUGAGACUUCUCACUUCUUUUAUAUACAAUUUAUCUGUUAUUUUUAUACCCUCUCCCCUCUGCUUGUGUCCUUGAUGUCUGGUAGAAGAAUGAUCAUUUAUUAUUUC